CAUCGCCAGAAGGCGGAGACCUGUACCUUAGUAAUGCGGGUUUAGUGUGUAAAACGACUCGUUACUAAUCGUAUACAGUAAACGCCGGCGCUGUGAUUGAGCAGCAGACAGAGACGCGCCCUGCCUGUCCUAUGGGCUGAACCUGAGCGAGGUGACGCGUGGAAGGAAGCGACGCCAUGCGCUCAGUCCACUCGACACUGCUCACAUCACCUUAGCGUCACAUCACAUUAGCCCAAAAAGAAUCUGGUCAACGCGGCGGUAAAGACAAUAGUGUGUUUUAGGUUGAUAUAGCGGUGCUUUCGGUACCUUAAGCAGCGUUACCUGUCUUUGUAUCAUCACUCCGGUGACAGAAAAUGCUCGAGUGUCUUUGUGGGAACUGGUGCUCGCGUCUGGUCGAAGGAAACAAAUCGACGUGGUAUUUUCUCCUCUUGCUCCUUGCUUAUGUGUUAUAUCUAGUUUUUGGGGCUGUCGUUUUCUCUCUGGUGGAAUUGCCGUAUGAAGACUUGCUUCGACAAGAGCUUAGUACUGCGAAACAGCAGUUUCUGCGGGAGAAUGAAUGCAUAUCCGAGGAGAAACUGGAGGCAUUUUUGGCCAGAGCGCUGGAGGCGAGUAAUUACGGUGUGUCCGUGUUAAAGAACAACUCAACCAACUGGAAUUGGGAUUUCACCUCGGCGCUAUUUUUCGCAAGCACAGUGCUCUCCACGACAGGGUAUGGCCACACUGUGCCCCUGUCAGAUGAGGGAAAGGCCUUUUGCAUCUUCUACUCUGUGGUUGGGAUCCCCUUCACUCUCCUGUUCCUGACCGCAGUGGUGCAGAGGGUCAUGGUGUUCAGCACUCGACGGCCUGUGGCCUUCAUACAUCGCCGCUGGGGUCUGUCCAAGUCUCUGGUGACAGGUGUGCAUGCGUUUGUGUUAGCCGUCAUCAUGGUCUCCUGCUUCUUCCUCAUCCCUGCUGUAAUCUUCUCUGUGAUGGAGGAGGACUGGAACUUCCUGGAGUCUUUCUACUUCUGCUUCAUCUCACUCAGCACCAUUGGCUUGGGUGACUAUGUGCCAGGAGAGGGCUACAACCAGAAGUUCAGGCAUCUCUAUAAAGUGGGAAUUACUAUCUAUCUGUUACUGGGUCUAAUCGCCAUGCUGGUGGUUCUGGAGACAUUGUGUGAGCUUCAGCAGUUGAAGAAACUAAGGAAGAUAUUCUAUGUCAAGAAAGAGAAAUCAGAAGACCAGCUUACAAUCAUGGAACAUGAUCAUCUCUCUUUCACAUCUAUGUCUGAUCAAGGAGGCCCAGUCAGAGACUAUAAGACAGACCUUUCCCCUGACGUAUCCCCAAUAUCUGCAUGUGAUACUCCUGUCGUUAGGUAAGGUCCUAAGAAAUAGUCAGAUUUAGAUAGUCAGUGAUCAAAUGCUUCUGAAUUAGAUUAGUGGUACUUGAAUUAAUGGUUGGAUUACAUGCCAACUUUUAUAAAAUGGACAUAUGAUUGUAGUUGUCAUCGUAUUGCCAGCUUGUCAUUGUGUAAUAAUAAAUUAUUAGAAGGGAAAUAAAUCCUGUAAAAUCUUGGCGUUGUUAGUAGGCUUUAAUCUGUCCUUAACUUUUAGGUACUAAAUAUCUAUAGGGACAUGUAGAGUAUCAAAUACUAAGUUAAAGGAUUUAAAAGGGAUGGAAAUUUGGAGAUGUACCUAGGCUAUUGAUUGUCAUUAAUAAGAAAUCAAUGACAUUGAUUAUUCUAUGAAUGUGUACUGAUAGAGGUACUUCAUGAAGCACUUUUUCCCCCUCUGUGUCUAUACAUGUUCACAGUGCCACAACUUUAAUUGAGCUGUAAUUAUGCAUAUAAAGCCCUUGUCAAAGGUUUGGGCACUCAGUCAAAGGUUUGGCAAAGGUUGUCAAAGGUUUGGGACUCAGAGAGGUUUUCUUCAUUUGUAUUAUUUUUCACAUUUAAUAAGAAGUCACCAAAAUUAUGAAAUAACGUAUGAACAUAUACAGUGACCAUUAAGUGUUAAACAAAUUAAACUGUACAAUAUUUUAGAUUCUUUGUAGUCUUGCUACACAACUUUACACACUCCACAUUCCCUCAGUCUUCCCUUAACAUUCCCACAUGCUGAGGACUUCUUGGCUGCUUUUUCUAAAUGUUCUAAAUGAAAACUUUGGGUUUUUAAUUUUUCUUUUGGUAAGUGAAUUCAUCCAUAGCCAAAUCACUGAUUUAAGAUUAAUUAUAUUUUAAGAAAUGUAAUUCUUUUUCUUGCAUAAGCCUAUGGAUAAGAUGUGUUUAAGAUCAUAGAAAAACUAGCAUUUAUUUAGGUGUGUUCAAACAUUUGACUGCUACUGUACUAUUACUGUGUCAUUAAGGUAGUUCAUUAAUAUCCUGAGUAUACACAGGUAGCUUCUUACUGACAUCAGGCAAUGUAGGCACAUCUGUAAAAUAUAAGCACAUCUGGAAAAGCAGAAAAGACAAGUCAGAUAUGUAGGUCAUGUACAAUUUGUGUUAAGUGAAACUGGUUUGGUUCUCAUGCUGUAUUAGUUGAUUAGUCGUACUGUAUCAGCGGUAGUAUGUACUGUAGUUAUUCACAUGAGGGCACUGUUUUGCAUUAUAUUAGAAGUAUAAUGAAGGACUGUUUUCAGGUUUACAGACUGUGUGAAAUUGUGAUGAAUGAAAACUCUAGCUUGAAGCUAUAAUUCCCAUGAUUGGGAUAAAACACAAAACUUUUUUGCAAUUUGUCUGUAUAAUGUUUGUCACAAUACUGACAGCUUAUAUGUUACAGUUCCUGAAAGUGUAGGCUUUAAGACAGUGUAUUGAAGAAUCACUGCUAGUAAAUUCAUAUGUGUAUGGUGGUAUGAUCAAUUUGUGUUUGUAAAUGCUCAACCUCAUGAAUAAAAUGUGUUGAAAUUUAAAA